AUGGGUUUAUUUAUCCCAAUGGCUCUUAACGUGAGCAAAGUUGUUCCCAGUAGUCCCAUUUUAGCGAAGAGGGUUAAUACCUCAAGAUCUCAGAGAGUUUUACUUGCGUUUUCCCCAAAGAAAGGCUCGUCUGCUGAAGAUUUACAAGGUCUUUGUUGCACAAAGCCUGUCACUUUUGUUACUUCUAGGAGAUCUUCUACAUUGUGUUUUCUUGGAAAGUCUCAAGACACGGAAACUAAACCCCACGAGGAUUGUCUUGAUUUACCCAAGUCUCAAAUUGUACAGAAAGAAGGCGAGAAGCAAGUGAUUCAAAGGAGAAAAAGCAAUUCAAGCCAGGUCUUGGUGGAAUAUGUCUCUAAUGAUGCUAAUGGCAUUAUGAGACUUGAUGCUCGUGCACGUCAGGACGUUGCGAUUCUUGGCUCGGGGUUCCUUAAAUUGGAUGCUCGAGCAAGAGAAGAUACAGAGAAAAUAGACCGUGAUGUCAAGAGAAAAGCCGAGCGUCUUCAUCAUAUUGCUACUAUACUGAAAAACAUAGCUCAGUCUAAGUUGAAAAACGCCGCUGAUAAGCAUUGGAGCGAUGGUGCCUUAGAGGCUGAUUUAAGGCGAGCAGAUUUUCGCGCUAAACAACGGGCAAUGGAGGAUGCAUUAAUGGCUUUAGAGGAAGCUUACAAAAGUAUGGCAUCAGCGCUCUCAGAAGCCGAUGGAAUCGACUACACUGACCCUGAAGAGCUUGAGUUGUUAGUCACGACCCUGAUCGAUCUUGAUGCAAUGGAUGGUAAAAGUAGUGCAUCUCUCUUGGCUGAAUGCUCAAGCUCUCCAGACGUUAAUACAAGGUAA